GGCCCAGGCCAGGAGGCCAGCCCACAGGCGUCUUGUCCUUUUUGAUCCAUUCAAAAAUUACUCAUUGCAAAUUCCCGGACUGCUGGGAGAGGAGAAGGAAGGGGGCGGAGGAGCAGACCUGCAGCCGGCGCCGCGCUGGUCCCGGAGGCCCCAGCCGCUGGCCGGAGCCGCUCGCUGGCCGACUGGCUCCGGGGGCCUCACCAGGAAGCGCCCGGAUCGCGACACUCGCCGAGCUCCGCGCGCCACCUUCAGCCGGCCCGCGGCCCCGAGGCACGCCCAGCCCCAGCCCCAGCUAGGGUCCCCGGCGAUGGAUGGCCGCUGAGCAUGGCACAGUACGGCGCCCCCGGCCCGCUGGGCAUGGCCGCGCGGGAGGAACUGUACAGCAAAGUCACCCCGCGGAGGGCCCGCCAGCAGCGCCCCGGUACCGUCAAGCAUGGAUCUGCGCUGGACGUGCUCCUGUCCAUGGGCUUCCCCAGAGCCCGCGCACAAAAAGCCUUGGCAUCCACGGGAGGAAGGAGUGUGCAGGCAGCGUGUGACUGGCUGUUCUCCCACGUGGGCGACCCCUUCCUGGAUGACCCCCUGCCCCGGGAGUAUGUGCUCUACCUCCGGCCCACAGGCCCCUUGGCACAGAAGCUCUCCGACUUCUGGCAGCAGUCGAAGCAGAUCUGCGGGAAGAACAAGGCACACAACAUCUUCCCCCACAUCACCCUCUGCCAGUUCUUUAUGUGCGAGGACAGCAAGGUGGACGCGCUGGCGGAGGCACUGCAGACCACGGUGGGUCGCUGGAGAUGCAAGUUCUCCUCCCCGCUGCCCCUGGAGCUUUACACCUCGUCCAACUUCAUCGGCCUCUUCGUGAAGGAGGAGAGCGCCGAGGGCCUCAAGAAGUUUGCCGCAGACUUUGCUGCAGAGGCUGCAUCCAAAACCGAAGUCCAUGUGGAGCCUCAUAAGAAGCAGCUGCAUGUGACCCUGGCUUACCACUUCCAAGCCAGCCACCUACCCACCCUCGAGAAACUAGCCCAGAACAUUGACGUCAAACUAGGGUGCGACUGGGUGGCCACCAUAUUCUCUCGGGACAUCCGAUUUGCAAACCAUGAGACGUUGCAGGUGAACUACCCCUACACCCCACAGAAUGACGAUGAGCUGGAGCUGGUCCCUGGGGACUUCAUCUUCAUGUCCCCCAUGGAGCAGACCAGCACCAGUGAGGGCUGGGUCUACGGCACCUCCUUAACCACUGGCUGCUCCGGACUCCUGCCUGAGAAUUACAUCACCAAGGCUGAUGAAUGUAGCACCUGGGUGUUUCACAGUUCUUACUCGAUCUUAAGUACAGCACCGUCCCCUGCUCUCUCAUUCGGUGAUGGCAUAUUGGAGCGGCGGUCUUACGAGGACCAGGGCUCAGGGGAAAUGGCACCCCUGACUGUUAUCUGCCAGCCAGCGCAGCCUCUGAGGGUCAGCAGCCAGCCUGGCCCCCAAAAGAGAUGCCUGUUUGUGUGUCGGCAUGGGGAGAGGAUGGACGUAGUGUUUGGGAAGUACUGGCUAUCCCAGUGCUUUGAUGCCAAAGGCCGCUACAUACGCACCAACCUGAACAUGCCUCAUAGCUUACCUCAGCGGAGCGGCGGUUUCCGAGACUAUGAGAAAGACGCUCCGAUCACUGUGUUUGGAUGUAUGCAGGCGAGACUAGUGGGUGAAGCUUUAUUAGAAAGUAACACCAUUAUUGACCACGUCUAUUGCUCCCCAUCCCUGCGUUGUGUUCAGACUGCAUACAACAUCUUGAAAGGUUUACAACAAGAAAAUCACUUGAAGAUACGUGUAGAGCCUGGCUUGUUUGAGUGGACAAAGUGGGUUGCUGGGAACACAUUACCUGCGUGGAUACCUCCAUCAGAGUUAGCUGCAGCCAACCUGAGUGUUGAUACAACCUACAGACCUCAUAUUCCAGUCAGCAAAUUAGUGGUUUCAGAGUCCUAUGACACUUAUAUCAAUAGAAGUUUUCAAGUAACAAAAGAAAUAUUAAGUGAAUGUAAAAGUAAAGGAAAUAACAUCUUGAUUGUGGCCCAUGCAUCAUCCCUCGAAGCGUGUACCUGCCAACUUCAGGGCCUGUCCCCUCAGAACUCCAAGGACUUUGUACAAAUGGUCCGAAAGAUUCCAUACUUGGGCUUUUGUUCCUGUGAAGAAUUGGGAGAAACUGGAAUAUGGCAGCUGACAGACCCACCUAUCCUUCCUCUUACCCAUGGGCCGACUGGGGGCUUCAACUGGAGGGAGACCUUGCUACAAGACUGAACCACACCAGUGAAGAAGGAAGGGGCUUGAAAACGCUUUUGGAUAAGUGUCUUUUUGUGUGUUUAGAACAGUGAAAAAGUCUGCACCCCAUUAUAAGUGGACAGCUGAGAAUAAUUUGCAUACUUCCUUUGAUGCUUUAAAAUUCCUGUGAUGAGACCGUAAGGAAAAAAAAACUUGAUUCAGGGAUAAAAUUCGUUCUCUAUCUCUGGACUCUUACCUAGCUAACAAGGCUUUCGAGGGUCAUCGCCCUAAGUUGAGGCACCUGCUAAGGCAGAGGAGGUAUCCUCCCUUCCUUCCUUCCUCUCUCCCCACCGCCAAGGCCCCUGAGCCCUCCCGUGGGGGCGCCAGCCCGGCUGGAGGAAGGACGCAGGAGGAAGGAGGGUCCAGACUCCAGCUGCGGCAACUGAGCUGCCAGUGUAGGGACGGGACUUUCCCUUUAACACCGUGUUCCGGUCAGACAAAACCACGCGGAAGGAUUCUCGUCAGGCUCUCAGAAAACGUGCCCUGCAGAGCAUCGUUCUAAGCUGCGCAUCAAAUUCUGCUCUCAGUGUGACCCCCAGCGCCGCUGGGUCCGCACGCAUGCCCUGAGGACUCGGACGUUCCUCUGGUGCUGCCAGGUUUCUCCAGAGCAGCUGCCUGUAUCUGUGAAGUGGGGGACAAGGCACACUUGCUCUCCAAAGCACUUUUAGCUACUCAGGAGGAAAAUAAGAUAAAUGUGUGAAGUAUUCAACUGUAGGAGCAAAGAACUUGCAAAAUAUAAAGUGACUCUGAAUUAACACCAUGUUGCAACUGAAAGAGCCACCGACUUCUGAAUCACCGUGGUUGCUUGUCCUUGGCUCUGGAGUCUGGACUAUGGUCACUGGGUUAAGGCAGUUGACGUUUUGAAAGGAUGUGUGUGACAUACAUUUUUCAAGUCAGCAAAAAGCUCAUUCUUGUGCAAUAUGGACAUCUAGAAACCAUACCAAGGGUCAGGUCAUUGUCCACUCACAUAUAGCACAUGUCCAUCAUAACAGGACAUCCACAAAUGUACCAGUUGUAGCAGGGAUGCAUAACGAAGUCAGGGAGCUAACGGAAAUGACAGUCAUGACAGCGCGGCCAUGCAGGCUGUCCUUCUGUGUUUGUUUUUCUAUAAUAAUUUUACACAUGUAGGUAGGGCAACUUAAGGAGAGUUGGGAGCAGCACAUCCUGUGGUUUCCCUUCACACCUGCUUCCUGAAUCAAGAGGCAGUUUAGCUAAAGAAAAUAAAUGACAAUCAAGCCAAAACAUCAGUUAUCAAUGUCUACUUGAUUGUGUGACGGGCAGAGUGCUGACGGCAGCAGACAGUGGUCUGGUCUGGUCUGGUCUGGUCUGUGUAGCAUAUGUGUGCAAAAUGAAAUCCCAGUACUUAAAGAGCAUUAGUGCAAAACAUAUCAAUAUAUAUUGUAGCAUCGCGUAAGCUUCAAAACCCAAAUGCAUAAAAUACGGUAAAUAUGGUGUAUAGAAAACAGCCCUGGCUGGUGUGACUCAGAGGAUUGAGUGCCAGCUUGCAAACCAAAGGGUUGCCAGUUCAAUUCCCAGUCAGGGCACAGAGAGGCAACCAUACACUGAUGUUUCUCUCCUCUUUCCCCCUCCCCUCCCAUCGCUCUAAAAAUAAAUAAAUAAAUAAUAGGUCUAUGCGCCUCUGGGGAAUGGGAAUGUGAUGAUUCCCUGGAAAGAAGAGUGAAAGAAUGCUGUCCAUGUGUGUUAAUCAGCAAGAGGAUUGUAGUGGGGGGGGGUUAAAAGUCACUUACAGAAACAUGUCAUAAAUUUUACAUUUUAGGGAGCAAUUCUUGAUUUCUUCUGGCAUUGCACAAACACCAGCUUCUGAGUAUAGAACUAACUCUAUGCUGACAUUGGUAAUAUAAAUGUUUUAACCUUAAAAUUGGUGAAAUACUCUCAUUAAGGGGUUUAAGAGAAACAUCACAUUGCAGUUCAUGUAAUGUGGCUGCCAUUCAUUCUUUUAUCUGUAAGGAAGGGAGUCAGAUCUCUAAUGUUUAUUACAUUCUGCACGAAUUUUCAUGGUCUUUCAGUGCUCCGAAUCAUGCUUGAAUACCUCUCAUGCAGUUUCCUUGAAAAUAGUAGCAGUAUGUUCAGGGGUGUGUCUGUACUUACACAGAACAGAACAGGCUAUCCCCUCCCUCCCUCUGGUUUGUCUGCGUCCUGUGGCAACCUGAUAGGUCAGUGUAGCUGGGCCAUCACCCAUGGUCCUUAGUCCAAAGCAGACAAAGCCUUGGGCUGUUGUCUACAUGGGCAAAAGGAGGCAGAAGUCUGAAAUGGUUCUCUGAAUACUUUGGGUGGAAAACCUUGAGUAAACCAAGAGUUUAUUCCUCUGCUGUAAUAAUCCAGGUUGCUUUUAAAAAUGCCCUGAAUAUCUGAACUCACAAUAAAUUCUCUUUUCACAUCUACCUAUUUAAACAACUAAACUUGAGCUCCAAAUGAGAAAUUCUUGGAAAUCAUGUUGAAUAACAAAAGAAACAUGAUUUCAUACUCAUCCAAAUGCUCUGGGUUGGUAUUACAAUGUGAAGUCUAGACUGGUUGUUUUUGAUCUGAGCCUGGGGCUAAUUAAGAACAAAUGUCGGUGGGGUGGGGCAGGAGAAGAAAGGAAGGGAGGAAGGGCAUGCCAGGUACAAACACCGGAUGGUUUCCUGUAGAGAGGGGUUUUUUUAAUGCGGGAGGUUGUCUGAGACAAACUGAGAAGGGAUUAGCCAGAGGGUUUAAUGUGGGAUUGAGAGCGAAACAUCCUGCUGCGUGUACUGGGGGCUGCGUCGGUCCUCUCGUGCCCCAGCAUUCAUCAGCGCUGGAGUUUUGGUUUCUUUGGUUUUAAAAUGCCACAUCUAUGCCUCCCUGGACAAGAAUAGUCUGCACAUUUCCACGUACAAGCUAGAAUUUCAGGUUCCCAGGCCCCGUCUCCAUUGUCACAGGGGUGGCUCGGAGCUCACCGCUUCAGCCCGGCUUGGACUUCAGAGCACAGGGUUUUCCGUGACAUUCGGAUUCGUGCAGUCUGAGUGGCCGGUUAAAUGGCCAUUCUGGUGGCUGGAAGAGGGACAUGUUGUUGACCCUGUAGGAAGGGCUUCCAGGAGUUUCUACUUUUUAUUUGAAUUAUACUUUAACCAAAGAAUUAUUUUAAAAUAACCUUAUAUUUGAAAAAUGAUUUUGCAAAAAUAAAAUAAAAGAUAAUAUUUUCUGGAGUGAUGUCAGUUUGGUAAAUCACUGUUGCUAAUUUCUUGUAUUUUAGGCUGAUGCGGUCACUUUCCUGUCAGUGGUAUUUGGAACGCAUAUCGGUGGCCCUCCAAUUGUGUCCAGCAUCCCCACAAUGUAUCUUUCCUACUCAACUAGCUGUGUUUGUAUUAAACAAAACCUACUCUUUCAGUC